GAGCUUGAACUUGACGCUCGACGAAAACAUAUGGAGUUGCUUCAUCGGAGGUCUGCCGUAUAUUUUUGUUCGAGUCGGAUUCGAUCAAAUGGUUGUGCAGAGAUUUAUGGCUGCGAGGUCGGAACAUGACGCCAAGAGAAUAGCUGUCGUCAGUUCUGUGUUCGUGGUAUUCUUCUUCUUCGUCAUCGGAGUUGCGGGCGGGACCAUAAUUUAUUGGUACAGAGACUGCGACCCACUGCUGUCGGGAGCAAUCAAGAACUAUGAUCAGGUUGUGCCUUACUACUUAAAACAGAGCCUUUCUGAGGUCACAGCAAUGCGAGGUCUGUUUCUCGCGGGUCUCUUGGGUGCCACAACAAGCACAGUUUCAUCGGUAGUGAACUCUCACGCAGCGACAUUUUACAUCGAUGUUAUCGCGCCGUACUACAAGCUGUCCGAGGAGAAGGCGUUGAUUGUGAUGCGACUUCUGGCCUUUGCCAGCGGUGCAAUCAUGACACUAUUUGCAAUCGCAGUGCCGGCACUAGGAACAGCGACUCGGCUGUUCCUCAACUUCUACGCAUCUGCAUCUGGUCCUUUCUCUGCACUUGUCAUUCUAGCCGUAACGAGUCCAUGGGUCAAUUCAAAGGGCGCAGCUUGGGCAAGCUUGGUUGUUUGCGCAUUCCAGCUCUGGCAUGCGGUGGGGAGGAGCAUGUCGAGUGUGGGCAAGCCACCCGUAUUUCCUGGGACGCUCGACAGAUGUCCCACGCCUCAAAACGUCACGGUUGAAGCAGCCAGGAAUCUGUACAACACAGACACACAGAGUGCUUACGUCUUUCCGCUGUAUCGGCUGUCCUUCUUUUGGAGUUCCUUCUUCGGCGCCCUGCUCACGAUAACGCUUGCCGUGGUGCUGAGUUUCGCAACAGGUGGUAUACAAAAGUCUCAAAAGAAGGUACGCUUCGUCAGCCCCUUAUUUACGGAAUUCUGGAAAAAACUUAAACUCGUCGGCGAAGAAUAUGAGGUGAAUGCCCCAAUGACGCUGAACGGGGUGGUCAGCUCGGGCAACAAGUCUGACGAAGACGAGCGGACGAAGCUGGGCACGGAGAUGUCUCCAGUGUGCAAAGAGCGCACAGGCAGUGAAGUCACCAUCGUAAACGCCUCAGAGUGGCGAACGUAACCGAAGAGGCAUUCGAUCAUUGCGCUGUGAUCGGGUUUCAUAGCUGUGAUUCUAUCGAAGUCAACUCGCUUCUGCACUGACGAAGUCGUUUUCAUCUGGAAAAGUCGCCGCGCUCCUCAAGAUCAUAGCCGUUUCUGGAAUCUCGAAACACGUGUGCGGACUCAACAGGUGCGCAAGUGCAAACAGGCGUUGACCAAGCAGCACAGCGGCAUCUGCUUGAUGCUAUUACCUUCCAAAGUUCUGAACUUGCCCAUAGUAGCCUGUGGUUUUGGUGCUUGAUUGUUGACCCGAAGUUUGUAAGAUUGAAUUCCGGCCACCUCGAACGCACUUUGGGUAGUCGGAUAAUUCAGGAAGCCGAUGUUGCUCAAUUAAGGUGCUCGUAGAAGAGCUUCCGUUUGCCUAAUUUUCAAGCCCUCCACUGCAGCAUCUCUUAUAAUCAUAUAUUGUGGUUUCGGGUCGUAAAACUCUAAUAACUAUGAACUGUUAUCCCGAUAUUGGGGAAGUCCACAAUGUGCAUAUUCAUGGAAUUGUACACUUAGACUGAUUCGCGAGAACUUCAGCUAGGACAAAAAUGCAAAGUGUGUGGCCGCCUAGAUAGAAUGACAUCUCAUAAUCACAAGUAAGAGAUACAGAAACUAUAAGACAGGUGUCCUUUUUUUACAUGUUACUCCAUUUUUUGUGUGAGAAAAAAAUGAAGUUUGCUUUUGCAAUUCGGA